GAGUAAUUGACAUUUCCGAAACUAACCUUCAAAUUCGUAUGUUGGACGUUUUGAUUACAAAAUAAUUGAUUCUCCUAAUAAUUUGAUUAAUCAUUUUCUGUGUAAUGUCGUACUUGUCAAGAAAAGAAGUGGACGAAAUAAAGCCAACACUAGAAAGAACGGUACACAAAUUUUUGGGUACGAAUGAUGCCUCUGUGCUCAGAACCGCGGUGGACUGUGUCAGCAGUGGAUACGAUAGGAAGAAAAUAGCCGAUAAACUCGGCGGAUAUCUAGACAACAAAAAGGCAUCUCGUUUGGCCGAUAAGAUACUCGAUUUGGUUCAGGACUUCAGAUCCUUGCAUAAUUCGAAAAAGAGGCACCACGAAGAUGAAAGGGAUCGGGAUUCGAAACGGCAUAAGACCGGAUCUAGGUUCGAUAGCAAAGAGCCCGAUAAGCAAAAAUCCAAAUCGCACGAAAGUUCGGAUAAGAAAAUGUACGAACCGCCUCCAGUUAGGAACAAUGUGAGUAUUGCUAACUUGAAUAUACCAACACCGAGUAUUUAUGGCAUACCCGUGGGUUUACUUAACAAAGGGGACGCUGACAAAGCUAGGAAAAUUGCUCAGUUGAAUGCCCAAAUCAAGAACACUUUGUCGUCUGGAAUAUUGGCUAACGUGAUUCAAAUACCCGUUAAUCAGAACAAACCGGCCCCUCUGAUUUUAGAUGCCGAUGGUCGUACUAUUGAUAAAACAGGUAAAACUGUGCAACUCUCCGUUGUCACGCCUACUCUCAAAGCGAACAUGAGAGCCCUCAAAAAAGACCAAUACAGGACUUCCACCAGCGAAAGGCAUAACGAAGAGAGCAACGAAACCAAAUUCAUCGAUCCGAGAAUAGGCGUUAAACCAGCCACGAGGAAUAAAAGAGCUCUGCGAUUUCACGAACCUGGCAAAUUCCAACAGCAAGCAGAAAGGCUCCGAAUGAAGGCUCAACUGGAGAAACUGCAAAACGAGAUAUCCCAAAUAGCCAAGAAAACCGGGAUAUCAUCGGCUACGAAACUGGCAUUAAUAGCCAAAUCGGAGGGUCUGAUCGAAGAGAUACCCCAAAUGGAAUGGUGGGAUUCCGUCAUUUUGAUAGACAAUUUAGAUACCAUGGUAGGCGAUAAAAUUGCUAUUAAGGAUUCCGUUAUAAAUACUCUGGUCGAGCAUCCAACGCAAAUGAAGUGUCCUACUGACCCUAUCAAACCAGUUUACAUGCCAGUUUUCCUCACGAAGAAAGAAAGGAAAAAGCUCCGCCGGCAAAACAGACGGGAAAUGUGGAAGGAAGAGCAGGAGAAGAUCCGCUUGGGUCUAGAACCGCCUCCGGAACCGAAGCUGAGAAUUUCGAAUCUAAUGAGAGCUUUGGGUACGGAAGCUGUCCAGGAUCCGACGAAAAUCGAGGCGCACGUCAGAGAGCAAAUGGCGAAGAGGCAGAAGGCCCAUGAAGACGCGAACGCCGCCCGUAAGCUGACGUCCGAUCAGAAGCGCGAUAAAAAAGUGAAGAAAAUCAAGGAGGACGUGUCGUUGGGUGUGUCUGUAUCGGUUUACAGAAUAAGGGAUUUGCACGGAUUGGCAUCGAAGAAGUUCAAAGUCGAAACUAACGCUAAGCAACUUUUGAUGACUGGAUGUGUCGUUUUGUAUCCAGAUUGUUGCGUUGUCGUUAUCGAGGGGGGUCCAAAGCAGCAGAAGAAAUACAAAAGAUUAAUGUUGAAUCGUAUCAAAUGGGAGGAGGAUUUAGUGAAAGAUCCCGAUGGAAAAGAGGUACCGAAUAAAUGCUUGCUAGUAUGGGAAGGCACGACGAAGCAAAGAAAUUUCGGUGAGGUGAAGUUUAAAGUUUGUCCAACUGAAAAAUUGGCGAGAGAACACUUUAAAAAGCAUAAAGUCGAGCAUUAUUGGGAUUUGGCGUACAGCGGAGCAGUUUUGGAACAAGCCAAUGAUAACGUAGAAUAAGUUUAAUGUAUAUUAUAGAUAAUCCAUUUUUUCUUUUAUAAAAUUUAUAAAAGAAACUAAAUUUUAAAUAAAAAUUAUCCAAAAAAACAAAUAUUAUAAAUCACUGUAAUUUCAACAACGUACAAAAAUAUCUUAUAGAUUUAAAGAAGAAAUAUACACAACAUUAUGCUAUUUCCGUAAUUAUCUUUAUAGUAUUUUCAACAGAACCUUUGUGCUCCUCGAUAUCUUUAAGAAAAAUACAAAUGUUCAGACAUAAUUUCACCAACUCCGUGUACAGUUCACUAUCAUCAAAUAUAGCUAAAAAAUAAUAGUUAUUAAUCAUCGGUAUAAUGGAAUUAGUCCAACCUUACCGUUAUCUUCGACCAACAAUUUUUUCAACUUUUCUACAUUUAACAUAAAAUGCUUUAGGAGUUUCUCUUGAAACACUGCUACCCAGUAUUCUUUAAAUCUUAUCAAACAAUCAAGCAAUGACCAGGGUGGAUUAGAUAGUAGGUUCAUUUUAGUCCAUACGUCACCAUAGGCUUCCUGCGCACAUUCACAAAUAAUCAUCGAACACAACACCGACAUUUUGCUUUUGAUUUUUCGAGUUUUAUCGGUUUUCCUUAAUUUCGAAGUUAUCUUCAUAAUGAUCUCGUUUGCUGACGAAGGGGUCAAGUUGUUGAUCAUGGCUUUGUUUUUCAAAUUCAAAUCGUUAGACAAUACUAU